CAAGUGUAGAAUUAUAAGUGUAGAGACUAGAGUUUUGUUAUGUUUAGUUAUAUUAGGCUCGUUAUUAAUAGUAUUAGUGUAUGCAAACUUGCCUCGUAAAUAAACAAAGUGACGAAAUUACAAAUAAAGUAUCAUGACACCAAGUGGUAGAGAAGAAGUUUGGUUAAUGUCUCACUCGUCCAUGGAUAACAUGGCUGAAAGAAUUGUGCAAUUAUGUGAACUUUCCAAGGAAAAGAAUCCGCCAAGCAAGAGGAGGUGUGCUCUGUUCAAGAAGAACAUUCAGUGGGAUCAUUUCAAAGAUGGCUUUCCUAACAUCUUCAUUGAUGAUGUCAAGGAUAUGGCUGGCAAAGAUGUGAUAUUUCUGGCAAGUUUCCACACGCCAGCUGUAAUAUUUGAGCAACUGUCUGUUCUCUAUGCAAUACCAAGGUACCUUGCCCGAUCUUUCCAUAUCAUAUUACCUUAUUUUGCAACUGGGACAAUGGAAAAAAUUGAUAAAGAAGGUCAAGUUGUAACAGCCAAGACCCUAGCUACUCUGCUGUCAGCUGUGCCGUUGACGGCACGCGGUCCAGCACAGAUCCUCAUGUUUGACAUACAUGCCCUGCAGGAAAGAUUCUACUUUGGUGACAAUGUCAUACCAAGGCUUGUGUCGGCGAUUCCUCUGAUAAAACGUGAACUGGAGAAUCUUGAGCAGGAGAGCUGGUGUGUAGUUUUCCCUGAUGAUGGUGCUUUCAAGAGGUUUGGCUCCUUCUUUCCCGACAACACUGUUGUUACCUGUUCAAGGUUAAGUGAGGGUGCACAUAAAAUCAUUCGAAUCAGGGGAGGUAAGCCUGCUGGAAAACAUGCCGUGAUUAUUGAUGAUCUUGUUCACACUGGAAACACACUAGUAGAGUGUGCAAAGACUCUGCUCUGUAGUGGAGCUGUUGCAGUGAGUGCCUAUGCUACACACGCGAUGUUCACCCUGGAGUCCUGGCGUAGGUUUGUAGAGGGAGAUGUACAGUUUGCCAACUUUUGGAUCACCGAUUCUGUCCCACAGGCACAAGAAAUCAGCCAACAUCCUCCAUUUAAACUGUUGUCCUUAGUAGAGGUGAUUGCAGAGGUAAUGUUAGGUUAUGACCUAAUGCAGUACUAACUGUACUGGUUAAUAUACGUUCACCCAGCUUCUAAAAUAUAUAU